AUGAUCCGUUCUCACUUGAUCCUGUUCGACGCAGUCCCUGGUCCUCCUGCUACGUUGUUGCCCUUGAAGCUGAACCGAGACGCAAUGUACCGUGUUGUGCUUGCUGGGCCUUUUACGAAAGACCAGCUUGUCAAAGUGAAGGAGUAUCAUUUAGUCCGGCAAGCCAUGAUCAUGGAUAUCUUGCACUUCUACAAUAUAUUGCACUUCUACAAGUCCUACAAUGGGUUUUAUGCCGACGUGUCCAUCGACGGGGAUCUCAUUGCAUCCUUGCCAGCGGAAGAUAUACUUGACGGCAUCAUUGAUGAGGCGUUGGGCGUGGACGAGAAGGCAAGCGCUGUGGAUAACGAACAAGCAGCUGUGAACGGCUUUUCUGGGGACCCCGAUGAAGGUUCAGGCGAGCAUGAGUGUGCUUACGUUGAGCGCAGUGUCCUGUUCACUCAAACAGCGUCGGACAUGGCGCCUAUGAACGAGAAGGUAGUGUUGGAGGCACUCAACAGCAAGAUUCACCAAAGAACACCACGCGCAGACCCAGCAGUCCCUGAAUUCAAUGUCCACACGUCAAACAAGAUUUCAAACUACUUUGAAGCUGGCAUUGACGCCCGAAUGUUUCCACACCUGCUCCCAUUUGGUCGUGGUUACACCAACGAAGUCCCAGUGUCAAAGCAGCAGUGCUGUCGGCUGUACUGCUCCCUCAGCUCACGUCGGUUUGCUCAAGAUCAAUACUUCGGCCUCGAUCGUGGAUUCAUCAACUCAAACUUUUCGACCAAAGUCCGACCGUCCAUGCAUACCCCGAACAAGUUUGUGAACAAGGCCGUUGGCGCUCUUCUCCGGUCCGUUGCAUGCAGCUCGUCGUUUGUGUGGGGCAGCAAUGCCGAACGUCGUAUGCACCGUCGAGAAGUCUUUACCACGGCCGAUCGCUUUGGCCAGCCAAGUCUUUUCGUCACCAUCACGCCAAAGGUGGACGGAACAAUCACUUUGGCGUAUUUGGCAGGAGGCAUCCAAGUCAAAUCGCUUUUUGAUGUGCAGAACCUCAAGCACAUGCCUGACAAAGCAACCAUGCAACAACUGGUGAUGAACGACAACAUGGUGUCCGCUACUCUUUUCGAUCGAAGCAUCGAGGCAUUCAUCAAAGUCGUUGUCGGUUUCGAUAAGUCUACCGGUCGACCAAAAAAGACUAGUGGGCUAUUCGGCCAUGUCAAAGCGUACUUUGGAAUGGUUGAGACCCAAGGUCGAGGGACGCUUCACUUGCAUCUUCUUGUUUGGGUACAUGGUGCUCCACGUUCCACGUCCGAGUACGAGGCCCGAUUUCAGGCAGACCUCAAGUAUGAAGCGAUGGUGCUAAAGUACUCGGAGGGCAUUGUGCCCAUUGACCUCCUUGAGACCCCCUGCAAGACGUGUGAGCAUGCGGAUCCCAAGUAUGAAGCGCUAGACCCUCCCUUGACAGCCUUCGAAAACCUCGUCGCACAGAGGGCGUCCUUCCGAAAGAGCCCAUUAUGGCCAAAUGUGGACAUUGCAACACGAUGGUCAGCUCCCAGCACUUGGUUCGGCAAGCCCUCCUGCAUUCGAGGCCUAAAGUGUGGCCUGUGGAAAAGUGUGGCCUGUGGAGUUGCCCAAGCUUUCUCAGCCUGCAAUCGACAAGUACUUGGACGAGGAAGCAUCGCUCUUGAAGUCUACGGCUGGAAAGAAACAUACCUAGCUGGCACUGUCCAUAUGGAAUCCAACGUCGACUAUCAAGAGCUUCUGGCUGGUGCGCGAGCAAGUCUCGAAGAAUCCAACACAGCGUCGAAUACGUAUGUUGCACCGGAUAAAGACACUUUUUGUCUGGACCCCAUAUACCGCGAGCUGUCGAGCAUGCCAUUUGGACCAAAUGAGACCCGACUACCCGACGAGACGGUGUUAUAUGUCAUUGCUACGUUCGCAUCCGUGUUGCAGGUGCAUUGGUGGUCGCAUUGCUCUUCGUGCUUCAAACAAAGCCGCAACACAAGGGGUGCACAAAUGUGCCGAUAUUUGUUCCCUCGGGCCCGAGUUGAAGUUGGACGCAUUGGCACAUCUGCAAUCUUGCUGGUGAGGAAGCUCGGCGAAGAGUACAUCAAUGGAUACAGCGAUGUCAUCCUUCGUGCUUUCAAGUGUAAUCACGAUAUUCAAAUCAUGAUCGGGGGCGCUGAAAUGGCUGAGCGCAUCUACUACGCCUGCAAGUACACCACCAAGGACCAACAAAAGGUUGAAUGUCGAACGGCCCUGGCAUUGGCUGCUUUUGACACGCGUAUUCAGCGAGAACUCUCAACAGCUGAAAGUGGAGAGGCCCUGUCCGAUGAAGUCAAGUGCCGUCGUCGCUUGGCGUCUCACAUGUCAACAUGA